AUGGGUACUUAUAGAAAGAGGUUCAAUGAAAAGGCCAGGUCUGGCCAUAUGGCUAAACUCAAAGAAUUGAAGAGAGUUAGAAAUAAGCAAUUCACCAGACAGGAUGAAAAUGAAGAAGAGGUAGAAACACCGGAUUCAGAUCCAUCUCAAAAUGAAAAACUAGAUGCAAAUGUGAAUGCGGAAAUUCUCAAGCCUCUCACUGAAGAAGAAAAGAAGCUCAAAAAAAGAAAACUACAGGAGUUGUUUACACCAAAAGAAUCAAAAGUUUCGAGAUUAAAAAAGAAAAGACUAGAUAAGUUUAUUGAUCAUCAGUUGAAAAGAGAGGAAAGGAAAACUAUCAUUGACAAACUUCAAGACUACAAGAUAGAUACAAGUUUGUUAACAAGUUCUAAAAAACUAGGUGAAGGUAGACAAACUAAAAAGGAAGAGUUCAAAGAAGCGCUAAGUCUAGAACGUCAAGGCAGGGGAAAUGAACAAACUGAGGAAAUACUGUACGAAGAGUUUGAACCAAAAGCUUGGGAUAAGCACGAUGAAGAGGAAAGCCACGACGAUGAUGAAGAUGAUUUCGAGGAUAAAUUUGGUAGUAUGGUGAAGCCAGAAGACAAUACUUCCGAAAAGAACAAACCUUCCAGCUUUAUUGACCAUAGACCAGCUAAAUUCGGUGGUUCCGGUAUCGGUUUUGGAUUCAGCAACGUAAAGAUUGUAAAUAAAGAAAACAAAGCUCCAAAGAAGAAGUACAAUUGGAGACAGCUUGUAGCGAUGGAAGAGCUAAAGAAGCAUGGGAAAGAUGAUGAAAUGGAUUUUGACACUACAUCAGAAGAAGAAGGCGAUGAUGACGACGCUGAAGGAGAAGAGGAGGAGCAGGAGGAAAGUGAAAGUGAACAGGAAGAAAGCGAAGGUGAACAACAUCAAGCGGAACCAGAGGACGCUGAUCAAAAGAACCCUGCAAAUCAAUUCAAAGACUGGGCUAAUCAGGAGAUCAAAAAAAUGGAAGGCAGAGGUCAAGAACUGGUUACUCCUACUUUAAACAUCGACUACAAGCCGAUAAUCAGAGAAGAAGAUUUAGAUGAUGGUCUCAAAGAAACCCAUAUUCCAAUAGACGAGAAUUCCACUCGUAAAGCCUUCUAUGUCAAAGUCAACAGAUCAGACGAAAUUCAGAAAACAAGAAUGCAGCUACCUGUAUUUGGUGAAGAGCAUGCAAUUAUGGAAGCCAUUCAUCAUAACGACGUAGUAAUUAUCUGUGGUGAAACUGGGUCUGGUAAGACUACUCAGGUUCCGCAAUUUUUAUAUGAAGCCGGUUUUGGUGCUGGGGAAUCUCCAGAUUAUCCAGGAAUGGUCGGUAUUACACAGCCCAGAAGAGUGGCAGCUGUGUCUAUGGCCGGGCGUGUGACCAAUGAAUUAGGUGACCAUGGUAACAAGGUGGCAUACCAAAUAAGAUUCGACUCCACAACGAAGGAAGAGACAAAGAUCAAGUUCAUGACCGAUGGUGUCUUAUUACGAGAAAUGAUGCAUGAUUUUAAGUUAACUAAAUAUUCCUCCAUUAUUAUUGAUGAAGCGCAUGAAAGAAAUAUAAAUACGGAUAUUUUGAUUGGUAUGCUGAGCCGUUGUGUUGGGUUAAGGGCUAAAGAGCAUAAAGAGAAUCCGAUCGAACACAAGAAGUUGAAACUUAUCAUCAUGUCAGCUACAUUAAGAGUAUCAGACUUUAGUGAAAACAAGGCUUUAUUUCCAAUUGCGCCUCCUGUCUUACAAGUAGACGCAAGACAGUUUCCUGUAUCUGUUCAUUUCAAUCGUAGAACCGCGUUCAAUUACGCAGAAGAGGCUUUUAAAAAGACCUGUAAGAUCCACCAGAAGCUUCCACCUGGUGCUAUAUUGGUAUUUUUAACUGGCCAACAAGAAAUCACACAUAUGGUAAAAAGGCUGAGAAAAGAAUUUCCAUUCAAAAAGAAUUCUAAGCACAGUAAAGAAUUAGAAACCGCCAUUUCAAAAGUGGGUAUUAGUUCGAAGACAACCGAUUUAGAAGCUGAGGAUAUAGACUUUAGUGUCCAAGUCAUUGAUGAGGAUAAAUUUAAGAGUUCAAUUGAGUACGAAGAAGGCGAAAACGAGGAAGAAGAGGAAGAGGAAGAAGAAGGGUUUGAAGAGACAUUGGCUGAAGGUCAAACAGCAAAUGAUCCCCUUUACGUGCUUCCACUUUAUUCUCUUUUGUCAACUAAGGAACAAAUGAGAGUGUUUCAACAGCCUCCGAAAGGUUCUAGACUCUGUAUCGUGGCAACAAACGUUGCAGAAACCUCGUUAACCAUUCCUGGAGUGAGAUAUGUUGUUGAUUGUGGGAGAUGUAAGGAACGUAAAUUUAAUGAAUCGAAUGGCGUUCAAAGUUUUGAAGUUGCUUGGGUAAGUAAAGCGAGUGCCAAUCAAAGAAGUGGUAGAGCGGGUCGUACCGGGCCUGGUCAUUGUUAUCGUUUAUAUUCUUCUGCUGUUUUUGAACAGGAUUUCGAACAAUUUUCCAAACCCGAAAUUUUAAGAAUGCCUGUGGAGAGCAUCGUUUUACAAAUGAAAAGUAUGGCCAUUCAUAACAUCGUCAACUUUCCAUUCCCAACUCCUCCAGACAGAGGGGCUCUUUCUAAAGCCGUGCAAUUGCUACAAUAUCUCGGAGCGCUUGACAAUAAAGAAAAGAUCAGCGAAGACGGUAAGAAGAUGAGUCUCUUCCCACUUUCGCCCAGAUUUUCGAAGAUGUUGCUUGUUUCUGAUGAAAAAGCCUGCCUCCCUUACAUUGUUGCUAUUGUUAGUGCAUUGUCAGUGGGAGAUCCUUUUAUCAAUGAGUUCGAAUUAGGAAUAAACGAAAUUUCUAGAAAACCAAAAGAAAAUGAGGACAUAGAUGAAAAUGAUAAAAAACCAGAUGAACCCAUACCAGAUAUGGACCCCGAAGUUAAAAAGGAAUUGCGUAGCAAAUUUUACAAAAGCAGGGCACAGUUUAGUAAGUUAGACAAAUACAGUGAUAUAUUCCGUUUGCUAAGUGUUGUAAGUGCGAUGGAUUAUAUUCCAAGGGAACAAAAAGAAAUAUUCAUGAAGAAAAAUUUCUUGAGAGGUAAAUUGAUGGAAGAAAUAGUCAAAUUGAGGAAACAAUUGAUGUACAUAAUUAAGUCUAACACAUCCAAAGAAAAUAUUGCUGUAGUAAUAAGAAAUGAAGACUUAAAGAGUGACAUUCCUAGCGCCAUCCAAAUAAAAUUAUUGAAACAAAUGAUUUGCUCAGGUUUUGUCGAUCAUGUUGCCAUAAGAGCAGAUGCUCUAUUUCCGGAUGAUGCUACGAUAACGAACAGGACCACCAUGAUUAACAUUCCGUACAUCCCCGUUUUGUCUACAAGGACACCCAAUAUCGAGGACUGCUUCGUCUAUAUCCACCCGACCUCGAUCUUGAAUAACCUGGGAGAAAUGCCCCCAAAAUACAUGCUUUAUCAUUCAUUGCACUUAGGUGGAAAUAACAAGACAAGAAUGAACACCUUGUGUGAUAUCGCAAGUACGCCAUUAGCAAAUAUUGCAAGGAAGGGUCUUCUCUUGACGUACAGUAAACCUUUAACUGGCCAAGGUUUGAAGACAAUAAACUUAUCACCCACGGAGCGUUACUGUUAUGUGGUCCCUAGGUUUGGAUCUACAGUGAACAAUGAUAUCAAGAUUGGCUGGGAUCUGAAUCCUAUAGCAGUGCACCAAAAGAAGCAAAACGGCCAAUGGACAGUCGUCAAUUUUAUUACUAGGAAAAACUUUCAAAGCGCCACAAGCGAAAAUAAGAUUGAGAAAUAA